AUGGAAGGAGACGAGGAAGGGGUGAGGUCAGCACUUGACAGGGAUGCCCGGCCCAAGGUCACCGUCCCCACUGAUGCUGGGGUGUCAUGGAGUCUGCUGACUGUGGCUGCCAGCGAGGGCCACGAGCACCUGCUGUCUCUCUUACUGCAGGCAGGGUUAAGCAUAGAAGGUGGAGGCACCACUGACAGGACACCGCUGAUGAUGGCUGCCCAGAAUGGCCACGCCCAUACAGCACACACCCCGGUGCACGUCGCCAGUUAUGGUGGCCACGUGGAGGUACUGGAGCAGCUGGCAGGUGCUGGCUGGCCCCUCACCGCCAAGAACAGUGAUGGCCACACACCCAUGCACUUUGCUGCGGCCGGGGGUAGAGUGACAUGUGUGCAGUGGCUGGUGCAGCGAGGCGGUGACACAAGCAUACAAAAUAAUGCUGGACACACCCCGCUUGACCUGGUAGGCAGUGGGGAGGGGCAGGAGGGUGGACGUAUGCAAACUGUCUUACGAUCUGGUUCAAAGUUUAACAGAUAG